AUGGGGGGAUCAGAUGGGACUCAGAUGGGGGGACUCAGAUGGGGGUACUCAGAUGGGGGUACUCAGAUGGGGGACUCAGAUGGGGGGACUCAGAUGGGGGACUCAGAUGGGGGACUCAGAUGGGGGGACUCAGAUGGGGGGACUCAGAUGGGGGGACUCAGACUCAGAUGGGGGGUACUCAGUGGACUCAUGGGGACUAGAUGGGGGUACUCAGAUGGGGGGACUCAGAUGGGGGGGACUCAGAUGGGGGGACUCAGAUGGGGGGACUCAGAGAUGGGGGGACUCAGAUGGGGGGACUCAGAUGGGGGGACUCAGAUGGGGGACUCAGAUGGGGGGACUCAGAUGGGGGACUCAGAUGGGGGGACUCAUGGGCAGAUGGGGGACUCAGAUGGGGGACUCAGAUGGGGGGACUCAGAUGGGGGGACUCAGAUGGGGGACUCAGAUGGGGGGACUCAGAUGGGGGGACUCAGAUGGGGGGACUCAUGGGAUCAGAUGGGGGACUCAGAUGGGGGGAACUCAGAUGGGGGGACUCAGAUGGGGGGACUCGAUGGGGGGACUCAGAUGGGGGGACUCAGAUGGGGGGACUCAGAUGGGGGGACUCAGAUGGGGGUACUCAGAUGGGGGGACUCAGAUGGGGGGACUCAUCAGUAUUUAGUUUCUCUGUUUCCUCAAAACAUUUCCCUCAGAAAGUGA